UCUGCGGUGCCGUGUGCAGCGGCAUGGACGAAAUAAACACGCAGCAGCUGAUAGCGCUCGUGCAGCAGAGACCUGUCAUAUGGGACAAGACUCUUUACGCUUACAAGGACCGCAAGCUGAAGGAUGCGGCGUGGAGGGAAGUAUGUGCGGCUCUGAGGGAGGAUUUUGAGCUACUUGGACAGAAGCAGCGGCAGGAAUUCGGCAAAUUGGCUUUGAAGAAAUGGUCACAAACCAGAGACUCGUGGAUGAAAUCUGUUAAGAAACGUCAUGAACAAAAAUCAUCGACAUUUCCCGCCAGGCCGUCGAGGCUUUAUUUGUACCACGAGCAGAUGUUGUUUUUGAACAAGGUUAUUGAGACAUCCGUCUCUCAAGACAACUAUUUUCCGCAAGAAUCUACACCAACAAAUGUGACGAGUGAAGCAAGCAAAACUGCACAAUACGAAAAAAUUUAUGAAUAUAUUCCAAAACCUGAAAUCAUAAAUAAUUAUGCUACACAAAGGAAAAGAAAGAAUGAUAUUAAGGUUGAGUCUGAUGUGGAAAUGAAGUUUUCGGACAAUCAGCCGUGUAGAGAACACUGUGGCUGCCGGCAUAUGGCGUUCUUCAACAGCCUUCUGCCAUCAUUGUCCUUACUUGACGACACUGAAACUUUAAAAUUUCAGUCUGAAGUCUUAAGCGUGUUACAAAACAUCAAGAGAAAAAGAAGUGAAUCUAGUUAAAAAUUUACCAUUGCAUUUUAUGCAACUUAGGAACUGCAAAGAGUCGCAAAAUCCAGGUUAGUUCAAUAAUACACAUUACCUAGCGGCAUGAAUUUAUCAAAGCUGAUAAGCCCAGAAGCCGACUCGGCGCGGCCAUCUACACCACCAUCAACUACCGCAAGUUGCUCCUUUUUGGAACAGGAUUUAUCGAAUUUUUAUGCCAUUUCUCGUAGGAAUAGCCGUUUGUCAGCAUAAUUGUGAUUUAAUUUUGCAUAAAUGGAAAACACAGUAAGUUAAUUGUUCUGCUUGUAUACUUUCAUGAUUCUGUACUUUGUCUUUAGUGAAAGUUUGAAAAUAUCCUGAAUGAUAACAUUAAAAUCCAAAAAUUGAGCUUAAGGA